AUGUUGGAAUACGCAUCGUACGUCGUACCUAAAAGCGAAGACGGUUAUCGGAAUAUAAUUUGUCUUUUCAUAGAGGAAAAUGUUCCACACCAUACAUUUCCCCUGCCUUCUGAGCGUAACAUUCACGCUAUUAGAGGAAUCCCAGCGUCAACUGCUGAGCAGGAAAUCAAAGAGGAGCUCGAACAGAAGGGAUAUACUCCCCUCCACGUACUUCGCUUGAAGCGCAAGGCGGCGUGCCCAUGCCUUUGGUGGUGGUGA